GCAACAGCGCCAAGUCCGACCCGAGCCACAACGGGAUUGACGAAAGCACUCAGACCAACGGCUUUGCGGACCCUCAUGCAGGCGAACUGAACAAGAAAGACAUACAAGGCCCUCAGUGGACGGUGCGCAGUCCCCCUGCACGAGUUCAAUCUCCGUUAUGCCGAAGCCACCACCUCGCCCAUCCCGUUCUUCCAUCUUCUCGAGCGCCUGAAGACGACAAAACGCGCAGGCUGGCGCCGCUUCGGGCUCGAGCAUGCCGAGUCCAUCGCCGACCACAUGUACCGCAUGAGCAUCCUCACAAUGAUGGCCCCUGAAGCAGUCACUUCGAAGAUCGACUUCAUAAGAUGCUGCCGGAUGGCAUUGAUCCAUGACAUGGCUGAGGCACUAGUCGGGGACAUCACGCCCGUAGACGACGUGUCUAAGGAGGAAAAGAGCAGGCGCGAGUCAGACACCAUGGACUACAUCUGCAACAACCUACUUGGCCGGUACAACGGCGGCCUCAAUGGUCAGCAACUCCGGGAGCUCUGGCAAGAAUAUGAGGACAGCAAGACGCUGGACAGCCAGUUCGUCCAUGAUAUCGACAAGGUGGAGUUGAUCUUGCAAAUGGUCGAAUAUGAGCGAUCCCAGUGGGGAGAGACGGACCUCGGGGAGUUCACGUGGGUGUCUCAUAGGAUUCAAUUCGAGGUGGUAAGAGGAUGGGCUGACAAGCUUCUCCGGGAGCGCCUGGUGAUGUGGCGGGAGAUUGGCAAGGAGCCAAACUGGGCGGACGGCACGAAGCCUGAACUAUAAGCGAUGUUUUCACAGGCGCACAAAGGUGAAGGCGUAUGAGCCGGUUGCGAUGCACUCUCCACCUACCGGUUCGCGAACAUGUCUGUACGCGCGGCGGCUGGUUCAGGCGUUUGGGAAAGGUAAUAGCGCUGUGAGUCCUACGACUCUUCGAUAUCCCUAGCAUAAAUUACUUCAAAUACUUCGA